UGGGGAAGUGAUGAAUGGGCUGUUCUGCUUUCCCUCUGGCAGGCCUGCAGCCUUCUUUAUUACCACCGAAGUAUAAAACCGCCCGGCCGGCUGCGGCUCUCGUCUCCAGCCCUGGCACUGGCCCGAGGCGACCACGGCGCCUGGAGCCCCGGCCGUCUUCUCCAGGAGGCUCCGUGGCUCUGUUGAGAAUCAUGCCGGGGCAGCUGAUCUGUUGGCACCUGCUGGCUUUGCUUUUCCUCCCAUUUUGCCUGUGUCAAGAUGAAUACAUGGAGGUGAGCGGAAGAGCUAAUAAAGUGGUGGCGAGAAUAGUGCAAAGCCACCAGCAGACCGUCCAUAGUGGUUCCAGGAGGGAGAAAGUGAGAGAGCGGAGCCACGCUAAAACUGGGACUGUGGAUAAUAACACUUCUACAGACCUAAAACCCCUGAGACCAGAUGAGCUACCGCACCCCGAGGUAGAUGACCUAGCCCAGAUCACCCCAUUCUGGGGCCAGUCUCCACCCACCGGUGGACUGCCCCCAGACUGCAGCAAGUGUUGCCAUGGAGAUUACGGCUUCCGAGGCUACCAAGGGCCGCCUGGACCUCCCGGCCCCCCCGGCAUUCCAGGAAACCAUGGAAACAAUGGCAAUAACGGAGCCACUGGUCAUGAAGGGGCCAAAGGUGAGAAAGGAGACAAAGGAGACCUGGGUCCACGUGGGGAGCGGGGGCAGCACGGCCCCAAAGGCGAGAAGGGCUACCCAGGGAUUCCACCCGAACUGCAGAUUGCAUUCAUGGCUUCUCUGGCAACACACUUCACCAAUCAGAAUAGCGGCAUUAUCUUCAGCAGUGUGGAGACCAACAUCGGAAACUUCUUUGAUGUCAUGACUGGUAGAUUUGGGGCCCCUGUAUCAGGUGUGUAUUUCUUCACCUUCAGCAUGAUGAAGCACGAGGAUGUUGAGGAAGUGUACGUGUACCUCAUGCACAACGGAAAUACAGUCUUCAGCAUGUACAGCUAUGAAACAAAGGGGAAAUCGGAUACGUCCAGCAACCAUGCAGUGCUGAAGUUGGCCAAAGGAGAUGAGGUUUGGCUGAGAAUGGGCAACGGCGCUCUUCAUGGGGACCACCAACGCUUCUCUACUUUUGCGGGCUUCCUGCUUUUUGAAACUAAGCACCUAAAAGAGAAUUCCCCUCUUGAUACAGGUUGGAAAUAAUUGUUCCCAUCAGAGAAGUCAUUUGCAAAGAGCUUUGGUCGCUCUGUUUCUAACUGAAUAGCAGCUUUCAGGAACCCUCGAGGAUUUGGGUUCAUCAUUAUAACUGCAGCAAACAGGAUGCAGUGAUCAUGGCGGCGCUGGGCAAGAACACGGCCACUGCUGGGAUCAAAGUACGAGAAACAUUUGUAAAGCCUAGACUGGGAAGUUACACUUUGAUCCAGUGGGUCAAUAUUCAUGAAUAAAGUAUAGAUUUUUUUCUUUUUAGGUAUUCCUGAUAGCUUUUAGAUAGCACAAAUAUUCACAGUGCCCAGAGAUAAUGGACUCAUACUUUUUCAAUAAGGAUACUGCUAUCAUUAAAUCCUAGCUUCUAAUAGUUUGUAUUAGAAUUUUCUCAUAAUCCAGAAUUGGGCUGACCAGAUCUAGUUGAUGAGACUGAUUCUCUUCCCUUACGUUUCUUAGAGUACAAUAGAUCUUUGGUGACGCUGACCUGCAGAGCCAGCUGAGGUGAGUUCAGGUCCACAUCGUAUGGAUAUCGUCACCUUCUUUUUCUCAAUUUAGAAAUUACCCUAAUAAACUUUACACAUGCUGACAGGUCAUGUUGAAGAAGCUGUACACUCAGUUAUAUACAGCCAAACUAACAGAUACAAAACCUAAGGGAAUUCCACUUAGAAGAUGUACAAUAAAAAUCUCUUAACCUUUUUAAAUAAAAAUGAUAUGACAUUUUCGAUUACUGUAUUUAACCAAUAUUCACAGAGCAGCUGUGCCACUUGACAUUUACUUAUCCCUCCCCCCAAAAA